CUAUGACCUCAAGGUUAACCCAGUAUUGAGAUAAGUAUAUAAUAGAAAACAAGAUUUAGGUCUUAAACGAUUGAUCACUUGCUGAGGAAAAUAUACGUGAUAGUAGUGCGGGAUUUAAUUUAAAUACAAAGAUGAGUUGGCUUUUAAAAACGUUACUGAAACCAGGUCGAUUGAAGAUACAUGCUGGAGGAAAUAUGCGGGUGUUUAUUCGUAAUGUCACCAAGGAAAGUCAUAACAGAAGUGUAGCGGCGUUAGAGCUACCGAGGCCAGGUCAACAACAAGUGCUAAUAAAGGAAAAUGUGCGGGUGUUAUUGAUGAGUAACGCAGUCAACACCCUUACAAGACGUGUUGAGGAGACACUUAGGAGAUACAAGGUUAUCUGCAAUACCGACAGUGUGAAAGACAGUCAAUCAAUGAUGGAUGACGUAAAGAUGUUUCGGCCAGAUAUAGUUAUUUGUCCAUUUUUGAAAUCGAAAAUACCAGAAUCUCUGUAUAAAAACUACACAUGCUUGAUAAUGCACCCGGGUAUCGCAGGUGACCAUGGAGCAAGUUCUCUAGACUGGGCGAUCCUUGAAAAUGAAAGGGAAUGGGGAGUAACGGUCCUUCAAGCAAAUGACGAAAUGGACGGCGGGGACAUUUGGAGUACAGACACUUUUGAAGUUCCACAGGGAAGCAUUAAAACGUCUUUGUACAACGGAAGUGUUUCCGAUGCAGCAGUUAACUGCAUUGUCGAUGCAUUAUCUCGUUACUGCCAGGGAUUUUAUCCGAUUCCACAAUCUUCUAAUCCACAUAUUAAGGGAAUUACUCGAAGAAAUAUGAAGAAAGCCGAUCGUCGCAUAGACUGGACCGUAUCAGCAGAGGAGAUUUCAGCACGAGUGCGCAUGUCUGAUACAGUUCCAGGUGCAAUUGCGAAGUUUGAACAACUUGGAUUGCAAAAUGAGUAUCGACUAUUUGACGCCCAUGUUGAAACUGGUUGCCAUAGCGAGUAUAUCAGGGAUUUGAUGAUCAAAUCUGAACCCGGACAAAUGAUUGGACAGAGAUAUAAUUCAGUACUGGUGAAAGCUGGUGAUAACAAUGCUGUAUGGAUUGGUCAAAUGAAAAAGGAAACCAAAGAUCUAGCCCUGAAAGUACCAUCAAUGGAUCUGCUUAAAACGUAUGCAAAACUCAAAUUACCAACACUUGACCAAGAACCAAGUUGCUAUGAUGAUAUAAGAGUUAUAUCUACCGGACCCAUUUGCUAUGUGCAUUUUGACUUCUAUAAUGGAGCAAUGGAUACCCGCCAGGCUGCAAGGCUUGAGAAGACGUUACAAAAUCUUGACGAAGUACCAGAAAUUAAGGUUGUCGUACUGAUGGGAGGGGACAGAUUCUUUUCAACUGGCAUUCAUCUUUGUGUCAUUGAGAAUAGCGGUUUCAAACAGACAGAAGCUCGUGCAAACAUCUGCGGAAUCAAUAACGUUAUACGAAGUGUGGUAAAAAUGAAGAACAAAGCUACUGUUGCGGUCCUACAGGGAAAUGCUGGUGCCGGGGGAGCUAUGUUUGCCAUAGCUUGUGAUGUCGUCGUAUCUCAUCCGGGUGUUUUACUCACUCCGUCAUACAAGGCGAUGAAUCUGCAUGGUUCAGAGUAUUGGACUUAUUUUCUACCACAACGUGUUGGUGAAGAAACUGCACGAAGGCUUGUCAAAGAUACGACACCAAUUUCUGCUACAACGGCCCAAAGUAUCGGGUUAUUGGAUCACGUUCUCUAUACCGGAAAAGAAAGUUUUAAGCAGGAAGUCCAAGAAUUUAUUAAGCAAUUUCAUAUGGAUGGCAAAUUCGAUGACAUCAUUAGGAAGAAGCAAGUACAAAGGGACACUUAUUGGUUUCGUUUAAUUGAGAAACACCGCAGCUACGAAUUAGAGAGAAUGAAAGAGGACUUCAGAUCAACAAAAUUUCUUACAUCUAUGCGCAAAUUUGUGUAUAAAUUACAGUGAGAAAUGAACUUUAUAAAAGACAUGUAACAUCGUGUUUGAUAGUUACAAAGUAAAAGCGGUACGGGUAUCCAUGCCAGUAAUCAAUAAAUAACUUACUGUAGUUCCGCUUGGAUAUGUAAUGCACGACUUGUUAAAGUAUAUGGAGCAUUCAGCAACUGUAAACCACCCAUGCAUUUAAUUUUCAUAAACAAAAGAACUAUUUAAUGCAAAAUGUGAAAAUUUGCUUAUUCUUAUUGUCAAUUUGUUUGAACUGUUCCGUAUUUUGCAAAGUUUUGAAGGUUUAGAUAAAUGUAAAUCAAUGUUCAACUAAUCGUUGCUGUGAAAAGGGCAAACGUUCUAUAGUUGCAUUACCAAACACGCUGUGCAUUUCAUGCUUGUAAACCCUGAAAUGUUCCAUCUUUAGGGGACGGGACAUAACAUGUCACAGGAAUUGAAAUGCAAUAAACAUUUAAAGCUUACCGGAACAAAAUUGCUACUCAACUGUAAGUGCAGUUUUGUUUAUUAAUCAUUCAGCAGAAUUAGGUAAAGCUUCUGAAUGAUGAAUUUCAGUUAUUGAGCAUUUAUCACUAAGCGGUUGAAAAAUUUCGUACACGCAUUUGCCAACAUUAUAUUAUCUUACAAUCGGUGUCUGCUAUGUUUGCAUGUCCUCAGAGGUCGGACAUAUUCCUGAGGGAAUCACGGCAGUCAUCUUGUAUGGAUUGAAUGAAAUGUGUAUGACAUACUCUGUGGAAGUAUGUACGGGAGUUACUUGGUAUGAGAAAAAAAAGUGAAAAAGCAGUAACUAGCAGUAAAAAUACUUUCGCAUACAUGAUUGUGCAUUGCACAAUUUGAACGAACAUUUCUGCGUUCAAUCAGAUUUCAUCAUGUAAAUAAAUCUGCUUGAAAUUUUUACUUCUGAUCUUUGCGUUUAUUCAUAUUGUCGGAACUAUGUUUACAUGUUACGUAAUUAUCUACUUUUAUUCUGACUGGAAAGGCUAUAACAUAAUUAUGUGAAAUUUGAAUUUUUCUUGAAAUCAAUGAAUCAACACAUUUUCUAAAAUAUUUUUACCAUAAAAAGAGACAGGAAAAAGAUAUAAUAGAAAAUGAAACAUUGAUUUCUGACGCAUAUCUGAGUCUAUGUAAAAAACCGUUUUGUUCCAACAGAAAAAAUAAAAAGGGAAACUUGUCAAAAUAUUACUUGCAAAUAAGUUACCACUCUUAUUUCAUAAAAUGAAGUAAUAGGUAAUUGUUUCUUUGUCAAAUGAAUAUUUUUUUCGACAAAUGGAGAAUGUUCUUUCAUAUACAAUAAGAAAGUAUGUAUGACGAUAUGUGGUGGUUUAUUUCAGGAACCCUGCAGACAAUUAAUAUUGUUAAUUUGCUGCAAAGCUCCAAGCCAAUAGAAGCAUAUAAUAUGCGGAAUAUAUGCUGUUAAAAUGUUAAUUAUUAUUAUGUGUAACACAUGUUCCGUCUUCUUUUGAUAGAAGAAAUUGUUAAAGAUACUACACACUUGUAUACAAUUAGCAUAAUAUUGCGGCAAUUUUAGUUAGUUAUUCAAUAAUAUGAUAUUAUUAAUUAGGCGAUUUUCAUAUUGGCUUUGUUGCUUGGCUGAGGACUGUUGUAGUAUUAACCGGCAUGUAUUGUAAGGAUGCAAAUUAUGUUAAUACACUAUUGGAUUUUUAUUUGUUUUACAAAACGGGUCAUUUUGUUUCAUACUUCUACAUAUUUGUAUACUAUUAUUUCGUUAAUUAUUAUUAAAGGACAAUUUCAGUCUCAGUAAAA